AUGGAACAGGAGAACAUGGUGAAUAUUCUCCUUAAUCCUUGGUAUCCGUCUUUGGACACUGAUAUGAAUUGGUUUAUCAGUAGAAAUGUAUGGCUCACUGAGGUGUAUCAUUUACAAGAAGCUAUGCAAAAGAUGUUCACCGAACUUGGCGAGCUAUUGACAACGGAUGAAGAGUUUGAGGUCGCAAUCAUGAAGUCAGCUGACUUUUUAGAUCGACUUCAUCAAGGUGAAACCAUUCAAUGCUUCCCAUUGAGUUCAACAUGGACUGAUACACCACGUAUCUUUGGAAUUGAGUGCAGCCCACUGAAGGAUUUUCUCUUCGCUAAACUUACAGAUGCCUUGUCUCAGUGCGUUUCACAGUUUGUAGCCGUGUUUAUCAAACAAGAGGAAACUACUGUAGCCGAGCUCACACACAUGAUCACGGUAAAUGAUCUGAAAGGAUACGCACAGAUGGCCAAAUCAUUGAUUGUGGCAAAGCAGAACGAGCAACGCAUUGCCGUGGAAGUGAAAAACAUUCGUAUUCGAUAUGAGGCUAUAUGUCGAAUGGCAAUUCGACUAUCAAAUCGGACCAUGCUAGAUAGCUUGUGGCCCAGUUCCACACUUUCCAGACCGAGCUUAUGGCGACAAUUCACAAGUGCAUUGCACGAUGCAGAAAAUCAGUUCAAAGAUACGUUCGAGGAGAAUUGGCUCCGGAUUGAAUUUCAAUUACAGGAUCAGCUGAUUCGCGUUCAAGACCUAUCCAAUAGUCUGACAAGUGACCAAUUCGCAAAUUCUUCAGAAAAAGCUGCGAACAUAUUGGAAAUGAUGCAAGAGCCUAUACAAGAAAUGACUCGCUUGGAGGUCUCUGUCCAUCAGCUAUUGAAUCAACGAAAAUCGGUUCGAGACUGUGCGACUGUUUAUGCGUUGCCAAUAUCCGUGACAGCGGAACUCGCGAUGGAGCAAAUCAAAUCCUCAACGUCACCAGCUAUUCUUAGGCAAUUGGAUAAUGCGAUCCGGGAGCUCAACCAACUGGAUACUCACAUGCGAAGGGCAGCUGUCCGGUAUGAAGCUUGGCGUCUGAUGCUGAGUAUAGAUGAAGGAGAGACUUUUAUAAGACAACAAACACUGUCUACGAUUGAUCUAGCCAGUUUACGUGGAAAAUAUCAAGGUUGGCUUGAAACCAGUGAUCGAUUGGACAAAAAUGAUUUGAUUGUUGGAGUUUGCAAAAUACGUCUGGAACAUUUGGAAUCCUUGUUCCCGGCUUUGAUUGCGCUGACCGAUCAGGAUUUGAUGGAAAACCACUCAGACUAUUGGAGACAGAUUCAAACAGAAUUAGGUUUGUCAUGGAGUCAAUGUUGGGCAGAUUGUACUCUGGCUACUGUGCUGCAAAGCGAUCUGGAAAAACAUGUCAGUCCGAUUAUGGCAAUACGGGAACUGGCUCGUCAUGCUCGAGUGCACCAGCAGGAGUUGGAAAAUCUGAAGCGAGCGUGGGAAUCAGAGAAAGUUCGACUGGUCCUGUGCGCGAUGACUGAUGAUGACGAUGAAGGUUUCGCGCUACGGCGGAGUUUUCAUCCUUCUUCCUCCAAAUCCCCGGAUGCCAACUGCCGAUCCGUGGAACCAACGACUACCUCUCAACCGAACGAGGCUCGAACGCAAGGCGGCACACCGAGAAGACUAUGGAUUGUGGCCAACGGGACUCAUUUGCAGAUCUGGGCGGAGAACAUCGCUUCGCGUUAUCGUGCACUAAUUCUGUCCGAUUCAAAACUGCAUGACCUCGCUGAGCAGGAUGGUAAAUCCUUCGAAAAAUUUUACCCGUUGAAAAGAACUGACCGAUUUCGGCGACUAUUCAAACAAUUCUUGCGGCUACAAGAUCGAUGCCUGUUUAUCAACUCGUUGUGCGCUUCAUCAUCUCGGCCCAAUUCAAAACAAUCAGAAGAACCUGUGCAAGACCAUGUUCUGGAACUUCACCAGUGGAUCACAGAACAUCUAAUACAGUCCGAAAAGCACAUGACCAGUCGAGAAACUGAGGAUCGUCCAUCUGUGGCUUUGAGUUUGGAAACAUUUGUUUCUCGGCUAGGGCGCCAAUGGGAUAGGUUCAAACAGUGGACAGAACGAAUGGAUUGCGCAAUCAGACAAAGCGACGCCGCUCUGGAACAAGCACUAAACAUAUAUCCGGGAUUGGCUAUGCUACACCCGGACGAGUUGAUUCAUGUACUUGGACACUGGACCGUACCGUUUACGGACUAUUGCACUAAUCCGGGAAAGCACAAUAGACUGUUCAUCAGUACUGAUGGGGUAUUUGCUCCGAGCGACUAUGUGGAGCACGUCAGUUGGCAGCGUGGUAACCCGACGGAACAACGAUUGCACAUCCGUAUGCAUUGGCUGCACACAGACGUGUUGCGCCGUUUCGCUCACCACGUGAAACUGGUGUUUCCCGUUGUACGACAACUUCGACUGCAGUGGAUUUCCAAUCCGGGUUGUUGGGAGGCAAGUCUGAUCAACGAUCCCGUUCCUCAUCUGGCGUCUUUUGUUUGGCUCCAAAUGAUCAAGCACAAACUGAUUCGGUCCACAGAAGCUGAACAAAUACAGGAUGUCCGUUUGGUUGCCCGACAGUUCUACCAUGAUCAUCCGUUCGGCUGGUAUACAGCUGACUGGAUGGGAUACGAUCAACGAUCCGGAUAUGUGAUACCCCCGGUACCAAAUUCCAGAGAAUUGCUUCUCCUGGGCACAGCACUGAUUGAUUUCAAAGUGAGUCGUCAAAGCGGAACACAAAUGCCUGAUGCACGUAAUGACGCACCCCUCGGAUUGAUUGAGUUCAUCAUUCGAAGUAUGACCAGGAUUCGGAUGGACCUGAAUCUUUGCGAUCGACGGGACAUACCUGAUUCCGCAUCACCGCGUCAUGUCCGCAAUUCGGAAGUGUCUUCCCAAUGGAUCCUUGGUCGUGAAAUGGUGGUACAACCCGGUUUCGGCUUGGUCACCACAAUGAGGCUAUCUGACUAUCGCGAACUGCCUGAAACUGUUCGAGGGGGCUUGCAGUCGGUGGAUACAAUGCAACGCGAAGAAGAUCAACUGGCCGAAAGUGUGAUUGUUGAGUCUUUGGCUGAUGCGUGGUUUGGGUCCAUAGAGCCGGGACUAAUCACGGGAUGUAACCAGGAUGACUCGGUGGCUGGUGGUCAGUUGACUAGAGAAGAUUGCCUGGCUUCAUUUGCUGUUAUUCUACCCGCCGCGACAGCAACCAACAUUCAGAGAGCUACACGGGUGAUUGUCCCGCGAACGUCUUGGGCUUUUGUCGGUCGAGUGGUCGCGGAGUUGAAGCUCAAACAUUUGGCUAUUAUUCCUGGUCAGAUCGAAAAGAUAAUUGAACUUUGGCAAGCAGUCCAACUGGACAAACCAAUACUCUUGAUUGGUUCGAUUGCUACAGGCAAAUCCACACUGUGGACCACCCUAGUGAAUGUGCUCAAUCAAAAAUCGAUUGUACGUGCCAAUCCUCUAUUGACAGCUCGAAAUAGCCGGAGCUCAUUUCAUCGCCUCUCGACCACGUUUAGACAAUCCACGUGGACUGUGGAACAACAUAAUGGACAAGAUAUACCGUCUGAAGUGUAUGAUCACUUGGCAUUGUCCUCAUUAAUCGAUGAAGGUAUGACAGAUGAGUUGCCCGGUCUUCCGUACGAGACAGUCAUUGUGGAACAAUAUUUCCCAUUAGCAUUUAAUGAUCAACGUUUGCCAGAUUGGGCGCAUACAGUUGGUGGAGAACAAGAUCAGUUGUGGAGAUGGAUUGUGCUGGACACAGCGGAACAUUCGACUACGCGAUGCACAUCGUUGCAAGAAACGCUAUUAGGCGACUGGAUAAACGAGAAUCCAAAAUGUACUGUUCUGUGGGAAAAGACGCAUUUGACCGAUCUGACACCGGGUUUGGUGCAUCGAUUCACUGUAUGCUCGAUUCACGACUCCGACGAUGCCGAUGUGAACAAACAACUAAGUUGGGUGCAUGUGUGGCGCUCAUGGUGUCAGACGGUGCCCCAACGUUACAUGUUGAAUGUAUCCGAUUGGAAUGAAAUUGCUGACGAAAUGGAAUCAAUGCUUCGUGAUGGGAUGACCAUGUGUUCACAGACGCCCUCUUUGGGGAUGACUCAACGCGACGAGAGAAAACCGGGGAUAGUGAGUGCGGCUGCUGCACAACGUUGUGUCCAGACUGUGAUCGCACUGGCUACCAGUUGUUUUGAACAAUUUCUGCCCAGACACGUUUGGGAGCUACGUGAAAUCGGUCGAGCCCCACCUCGUCGAUACAAACAUGUGGUGGAAAGAAUCAACUAUUAUUGGCCACAAAUACGGAAGUUAGGUGAUCGUCCCAAAUUGCAACGAGACCUUGUUUGCAGUUUCCUAGCGUUUGCAUUUGUAUGGGGAGUGGGCGGGUCGUUGUGUGGAGAUCCACCACUUCGUCACAAAUUUUCGGCAUGUUUCUUCCGGCGGUUGACCACAUUUGCCUCGUUUCUGGGGUACUUUGACACAUCCGUGUUGGAGUCGACCGAUCGUACUAAGAUUCAAACUUCUCUGGCCGCGUACUACCCGGUCGAUGAUUCUGGCUCUGGUGAAUGGUUGACUCCGAAUACCGAGUUGGACUCAGAGUAUUGGCUUCCGAAUUUAUUCCAUUAUAUUGUUGACCCACGAGAAGCUCGCCUGGUCCCGUUUUGGCACGGAAUAGACAAAUUCACUGAUCGCUGGCCAGAAGAAUAUAUGCGAGUUAUUCGAACAUCUGAUGAAUUGCCCCGUUCUGUUCCGUUCCUGUUACCCACUCCGUUCCAUGUAAGCUCGUGGCUUAACAAUUACUAA